UCUCCACUGUCAGCCUCAGCAGUCCUCACACCGGAGCUAGACACUGGUGCAGCGCCAAUCCAUACAUGCACGUGUGCGCUUUGUGGGUGCCAGCUUCUCGAGAACGCUCAACGUUCGAGCGCGCAAAAGUGUGCGAGUUGAUCUGCAUGAGAAUGAGCGUGUGAACGUUUCUGGAGCUUCUUUUGUAUGGAGGAGCAUGUGUGCAGACUGAGAGACAGUGAGAGGAUGCAUGGUGGGCAGGUGUUGUCGUGAUCGGUGGAGUUUUUGGUGUAUCGUUGUGCUGUCUGCCCUCCCCUUCCUCCAAUUUGAUUAUUUUGUGAGGACAAAAAGCAUCCUGCCAGGAUGUCCACCUCCCCUGGUGCAAAAGACGGGAGCCAAAGGAACUCUUUGGAGCUGGAUGCAGAGCACGCACAGAGGGUCCCUGGGGCCGAACAGGGAGGGGUCCCACCGCCCCAGGUCAAGCUGAAAGAAAGGCAGAAGUUCUUUGAGGAGGCCUUUCAGCAAGACAUGGAGCAAUAUCUGUCCACUGGCUACCUGCAGAUCGCUGAGAGGAGAGAGCCAAUAGGUAGCAUGUCGUCAAUGGAGGUGAAUGUGGACAUGCUGGAGCAGAUGGAUCUGAUGGACAUGUCUGACCACGAGGCUCUGGAUGUGUUUCUGCACUCUGGGGGAGAGGACAACAGCGCUGCGUCACCUGUCGCAGGUCCAGAUGUCGAGUCCUUCACCACAGAGAUCAGCCUCCAGGUUCCCACCCAGGCCGAGCUACGACACAAGCUGUCCUCCUUGUCGUCCACCUGCACCGACUCGGCCAGCCAGGACACGGAAGCAGGGGAGGACGACGAAGAUGACGAAGAGGAGGAGACUGAGCAAGGAGGAGGAAGUAGAGGUGUUGGAGGAAUGGGAGGAGGAGUGAGGAGGAGAAGACCCCCGGUGGUAGUGACCCUGGAUGAAGAGGAGGUGCAGCCCGACACAGCGUUGGUGGACAGGGCGGAUCAGGAGGAGCAGACCAGCAAAGACUGUGAGGAGAGCAGGGCGAAGGUUUGAGGACUGGAUUCAAACACCCACAGCUGCCAAAUCAAACUGAUAUAUAACAAGUAUUGGCUUCGUUCUUGUAUUCCUUUCAUACAUACAGUAGAAGAUACGUUGAGGUUGCACUAACUGCCAUAUGACCUUGCCUUAAAAGACCACUGACGUUUUCAAUUUGAAUUGAAUCUUGUAAACAGGUUUGAGUUCCCUUUAGCGUAAUGGCACUGAAUGGCUUAACAUGCACAGGAAUAUUUUCAGAAAAGACUCUAAUGUUGUGUUUCUGUUUUAAGUGCAUGUUGAGACUGGGAGAAGCCCGAUACAGUAAGUGAUGAGGACAUAAAUAUACACUAAAAUCUUCCAUAUGACCCCUUGAGGUAGUUUCCUUUCACGCUCCAUGCUAAAAUGUUAGCAUUUGCUAUGCUCAUAGACCACAACUGUUCUAUGUGUUGCAUAUACUUGUGCUGGAGAUUGCUGGAACUUGAUGUUUUUAACUGCUUGCAGAGAUUAAGAGGCAAUCACCAGCUCUGUCAGCAUUACAAAAUAUUAGUGCAGGUGGAAUAAGUUGUUAAUCAUUAGAAGUAAGACUUUUUGGACUUCAUGUUAUCACCCAAAUUCACCCAAAAAGUAGUUGUUUUUUUAGUGUACCUCCACUAACAUCUUCGGAUUUUCAGAUAUAUGUACUUAGAGAUUUCAACUGCAACCCCUCUGAGAGAUCUUUUUGUGCUUACAGCUUUGAAACAUGACAUUAAAUCUUUGUAACUUGUCUUCCUGGGAAAAAGGGGAAAAAAAGCAUCCUGAUGGUGUUGAAUAAUUUACAAGCUUCUCUGUCAGCAGAUGCCACAGAAACUAUUUCUUUGAUAUCUCAAAACGUGGGCUUCUAAAAACUAUUUUCAUAAUAUGGGUGAAUUGGCGAUUUAAUACAGUAAAUGCAAAAUAGUUAAUAGAGGGUGCUUGACAGAUGAUCUGCAGCGGUCAAAAAGGUGAAACUUUGAUAAUUUUGUGAAUAAAAUGAAACUCAAAAAACAUUAUUUUUACUGGUUGGUGAGCUAGAUUCUAGAAUAUUUGAAUAAUGAACGACCAGUUUCCUACUUUUGUGCCAUCGGCAGUGAUACACAGGGUGUAACAGCUGGCAGCCACCUGGCAGUGGGUUGUUUGACACAGUACUGUAUAGCUAGACACACUGAUGAAGUUCAGGUAUAAUGAUUUCAAUGACACACACACACACACACACACACACACACACACACACACACACACACACACACACACACACACACACACACACACACACACACACACACACAGGCAGGAGAGUGACCCUUUGCCAUUCCUUUGAUCAGUAAUAUUUGGGUGAACUUCUCCUUUUGAACAAGGACCAAAUCCCUGUUGUGGACUGUGUGCUAUGCACUGGACAAAGGCCGGAAGGUUUAACUGUAUUCAGACCUUUUUGUCAGGAAUUGUUGACAUUUGUGCGAUGUGACAGCAUUACUCUCGUUUUCCUCUGCCUACAAUUUCUGACUCAUUGGUAAUAAAUGUUUUUCCCCCA